UUAGUGCCACAGAGAAAAGGUAUUGACUUGUUAUGUGAUUGCUGACCAUGUACUAGCUGACAGAGUGCUAUCUUACAACCAGCUUUGGCUUUUGAAAUGGUAUUGUUACUUUUGUAGCUUGUUAGCUUUCUGCCCUUGCAGAUCUAUAAUGUCCAACGUCACCAAGCAGCAUGAAUGAAUACAAGAACUGGGAGGGAACAAUUGUCAUACAUAGUUAGCUAAGAAGAAUUUAUCCUUCCCCUUUUCACAUAGCCAAGCAAGAUGCUAUGAGCAUGGCUGUUGUGCUGCUGCUUUGGCUCCUUUGAGAUCUUUCUGACACCCCCGCCAAGAUUUCUGUCUAGGACUUUUCUCUCUAAGGAGAAACUCCUUCACCUCACUCAAAUCAGAAUAAAUACAAGGCUGAAGAUCACAGGUGUUUCUGACAUUUCUGACAGAAAUUAAUCUCAGCUAAGCAAAACUUCGUUCCAUUCCUCCUUCUCUUUGAAGAGUCAGAUACUGCCUGCUGCUGAUUGCCCAAGGCAUGUAGAGUUGGACCCUUUAAGAGAAUGGAAGGCCCUGUCUCCUCCACUGUCAGGGUGGCCACAAACACAGAGGGUGGCAGCCCACUCAGAAGCAACCCCAAUAUUUCUUCCAACAACACAUGGGGUGAGGCCUUCACUGCCACCUCUGUGGAGGACAUCGUGGCCACCUGCACCAUUGGGACCAUCCUCUCUCUUAUGUGCAUAAUCGGAGUGACAGGCAAUGUCUACACCUUGGUCGUGAUGUGCCACUAUAUGAAAUACUCUGCCUCCAUGUACAUCUACAUCAUCAACUUGGCCCUAGCAGACCUGCUCUACCUUCUCACCAUUCCUUUCAUUGUGGGGACUUAUUUCAUCCAGGAAUGGUACUUUGGAGAUACAGGUUGCCGGAUCCUUUUCAGCUUGGAUUUCCUCACCAUGCACGCCAGCAUUUUCACCUUGAUGGCGAUGAGCACAGAGAGGUACUUUGCGGUGCUGAAGCCUUUGGACACCGUGAAGAGGUCAAAGAGUUAUCGGAAGGCCAUUGCCCUCGUUAUCUGGGUUGCAUCUCUGCUUCUCACCCUGCCAAUGCUGAUCAUGAUCCAGCUGGUGCAAGGGGAAAAGAAUAUCUGCCUCCCCACCUGGAGCAAACUGUCCUACAAGAUCUACAUCACGAUCCUCUUCUGCACCAGCAUUGUUGGCCCUGGGGUCAUUAUCGGGUACCUCUACAUUAGGCUGGCCAGAACCUACUGGGUGUCCCAGACAACCUCCUUGAAAGAGACCAAACGGCUCCCCAACCAAAAAGUGCUCUACUUAAUCUUCACGAUUGUGCUGGUCUUCUGGGCCUGUUUCUUGCCUUUCUGGAUCUGGCAGCUGCUCUUCCAGUACUACGAGCCUCUUCCCGUGUCUCCAAAGGCCACAAGGAACAUCAACUACCUGACCACCUGCCUGACCUACAGCAACAGUUGCAUCAACCCUUUCCUCUACACCCUGCUGACCAAGAACUACAAAGAGUAUUUGCGGAACAGGCAGCGUUCCUUUCACAGCAGUGGUAGCAGCCGCAGCUAUUUCCAGAGGAUGAACAGGUUUCAGAGGAUUUCUGGCACAUCGCUGUCCACAAACCUCCAGCACUACACAGAGACCGUUUUGCUCCCUCCCACCCAAGGGGGAAGGUGCAGUCCUUGAAAGAAGAAGCACACCUUCAGAGUCUCAGUGUUGAUUGAGAAAAUGUUUUCUAAAGAGACUGUCUCAAGAGUAGAGAGAAGAGUAAAGCCUGAGAAGGG